GCUAGUGCCCAGGAAAGGGACGUGUGUGUCAGUCAGUCCUUCCCUCCUCCCCACUCUCCGCCCCCUACCCUCUCUAGUAUUUGUCUGCAGGUCUGCUUGUCACAGCGGGGCGGCUCGAGGAGGGGAGGUCUAGAGCAAACCGCCAGGAGAGGUCCAGACGAUCCUCAUCAUGGAAAAAUCCUGCAAAGAAACUGAAGAACAGCCACAGAGCGCUCCCAAGACGGAAGAGGAACGACCUCCUGUGGAGCACUCUCCCGAAAAGCAGCCUCCGGAAGAACCGUCUUCCGAGGAACAGUCGGAGGAGGAGGAAUUCUUUCCUGAGGAGCUCCUUCCCGAGCUCCUUCCCGAGAUGCUCGCUUCGGAGGAGCGCCCUCCUCCGGAGCCCCUUUCUGGAAGGGACCUUUUUGAAGAGCGCCCUCCCAUGGAGCAGCCUCCUUGUGGAGUGGGAAAACAUAAGCUGGAAGAAGGAAGCUUCAAAGAGAGGCUGGCUCGCUAUCGCCCGCAAUUUAGAGGGGACAUACACGGCCGAAAUUUGAGCAACGAAGAGAUGAUAAAGGUGGCAGAGGAGAUGGAAGAAAUGAAAAGAGUACGAAACAAAUUAAUGGUCAUGCAUUGGAAGGCGAGACGGAACCGUCCUUAUCCUAUUUAAUGUGUUUGGCCUUUAAUUCUGUUUCACCUGAUAGAAGUAUUGCCACCUGAACUUUGUUUACAUUUUCUCAUGCACCUUUCCCCAUCAUAAUUUUAACUUUUUGCAUGGCUUUAUUUUAGGUAUUUUGCUUGUAACUGGCAUAAAAUUGGGUUUUCUUUCCCCACCUGCAAGCUGCAAGUCUCCCUCUCUCACUUAUUUGCAUGAAAAGGUAUACAUUGUAUACUAUGAAGUGAAAAAAACAAUUUUCAAAAAGUUAUGUAGCAUCCCAUUUUUGUAAAAAUGUAUGUGUAUAUAUUAAUAUGCAAAGAAAAAACUGAAAGUAUAUACUUAAAUGUCUUAACAGCGGCUAUCUGUGCGGUAAGAUAACAGGUGUUUUGGUUUUUCAGUUUUGAUUCAUAGGAACUUCUCAUUUUUCAAGACAAACAGUUUGCUUUUGUUGAAAAAAAUAUGGGAAAAAAUUUAAAAACUGAAUCAACUUAUAAAGACAAUGUGGCACUUAAUAAAUACUUGUCCAAACGUUAAAAGUAAAUCCCAU